CAGCACCGCCAGCACCGGACGGCUCGCGCACGGUUUCCAAUCAGUUUUGUUUUAUUCGUUUAAAUUGAAUUUAUCAACCAUUAAAUUCGGUUAAAGACGGAAGUGAAAGUACAUUUAGGUCGUCACACCACGCUGAAUUAACGGGAGGAAAAUGUCAGCAGAGGGCUCCAUGAUUGCACGGGUUCAUCUCAGUGUUUCGCCUUUAGAGAGGUUGGUUCUUCAGGUUGAGGCUGUUUAUGGGAAAACCUCCACCAAUAUUUGAGUGAAAUCCAGUAACAAUCAAAAUACUGGAGCCAAAGAGCCGAACAACUAAUGACUUGCAGUGCAUUAGACAAGAAGGCCAUGAAACAAGAAUACUAAACAGACACCAACAACUCUGCAAAGGGAACGGAGCAACCAGCAAACUCUUUUAUUGUCUUCUCCUGUGUGGUUCUUCCCCCCAAAAUCAUCAAAGCUGAGUGCUUUUACUGAACAUGUGUCAGAAAGGAAGGUCCACACACACGUGAAGAUGAACCCAUAUGUCACUUCCCACUUCAGGAGGGAUCUCUUUCCCCAUUUCCAUUUGUUGUAGACUUUUGACUACCCUUCUGUUACUGGUUGACUGAAAUGGCUUCUUCCAUAUUUGUACAGUUAUAGCAAUAGCUCUUGUUGAAUGUUUUUCAGUUGUGUUUGUACUUGCAACAGUUGAGGAUUACGGUUGAGGAGUUGAUUCUGUCCACUGUCCCAAAGAGACUGGAUGUGGAUACUUUGUCAUGAUUCAGUAGUAGAGUUUUCUGGAAAUGGUUGGGCAAGGUAAACACUAACAAGCAUAUCUUUUCAUUGCCAGAUGUAUUUGGACGUCUCUUUUGCUUAAUUUAAAAACUAUGAGUUUUUAUGCAUUAUUUCUAUAUAUUAUGAAAUUCUGCAUGCUCAUGCAUGUUUUUUAGUAGUUUAUGGUGCACUCUUGCAUGUCCUUAGUAGCACAUUGCAUCUGCAUAUGAUAAUCAUCUCUGUUGUUUGCAGAAACUCUCUCUGAUGUUCAGGUAGCCUUUUGGUGAUAUGAUUCAGGGAUGCUGAGUAAGAGAUUACAAUCCACAAACCCAGUUACGCUGUCAGCCACCUUAGUUCUCAGCUCCUCUCCUUCUGUGGCAUACACCUGAUCUACUAACCUUGGCACCAGACCUCCAGAAAAAUGUAGAAAACUUCCUCAGGUGACCUGUGUACUUACCUUUUUUCCUCCAUAUUAAUCUUCCACUUAAAUCUAGAAUCACAAGCAAUGUCGGAGAUAGAUCAAAGUAAUCUCUCUCUGUUGUUUUCUUCUCUUCUUCUUAUCUUUUGUCAGGCAUAGGUGAAUUCUCAGCCGUAAUGCUGAGCUGUAAUGAGGUAUGUUCUGUCCUGAGAGAUUAACUGUUGCAGAUGAUUGCUAACAGCCCUGUAGUUCAGGUCAAUAAUAUCCAUGCAACAGUAAGGACCCAAAGCAAGUCUUCACCAAAUUGACAAUGGCCAUCAAACAUAAAUACAGACCCUUAGAAAGGAAAUGUGAAAUUGUUAAAGCAGUGACAUGACUGAACAGGAAAUGGCAAACAAAUGUUUUUCAGUUGGGCCCCUCUUGCUGGGAAAAAGUGACAUUUCCUUGACUUGGGAAGACAAGCUUAUUGAAUUGCUGCAUUAUAUUAAGCGCUUUAUCCAAGAUGUAUUGGCACUGAAUUAUGAUGAUGAAUAAUGUCUGUAAGCAUUUAAUUUUCUGAAAGUGCUGUAUUCUUUAUUUCCUCAUGCCCAUACCAAGGGGUUGUGAAACUGGGAAGAACUUUGAUCGUAAGAAUUGGCAUGUUUUCUUUUCUUUUCUUUUUUUUGUGCUUUUUUGACUGCAUGUUGGAAAUGAUAUCAUAUCAUCCUAUUGGAAGUUAAUGCCUAAAAUUAUGCCUAAUCUGCAUCUUGUCCAAAUGUUAUGAAAUGUACCCUGUAAUGAGCUGUAAAUCCUUAAUGUCUUCAUCUCCAUCCUCUUACUCCACCGCAUUAUCAGUUUACAGCUUUUAUCAGUUCAUGCCUGCUCAAGGCUUCCCUUUUAUUGUUUUGAACUGAACUGAACCUAUCCAGCAUGCUCCUGUGAUGUCUGUUGAGGUGAACCCAGCCCACUACUCCUUGUCAAACCAAUUCUUGCAAAUUGAGGGUUACAGAAAAAGAUUCCUUCCUAUUGCUGACAUCCUUCAUUUCAGCUCAGCUCACUUUAUUUCCUUCAGUGAGUAUGAUUUAACUGGUUUGUAACUGGAUCCACCUGUGGACCUACUUCAAGAAAGCCCACUUUGUUGAGGGAUCUAUCACUGAAAGGAUAGACUAUACUGAGAAAAAGCAUUACAGUUUGCGGAAAGGAUACUGACACAAGUGACUGAUUAGUGUCGUUGGAGGGAACUAUUCUCUGGGUUAUCAUUGACCACUAUGGACCUACAAAUAUCUCUUCAUUAAGAAGGCCUGAAAGACUGACUGUUGUCAGUCACCAUACUUAACUUCCCUGACUUUAUCGAGCUGCUUAGUUACCACAUCAACAUUCAAAUCAAGGUUCACUAAGAAAUACUGAGAAACUGAACUUCUCUAUAACAGAGAGGAGACUUUAUAGUACAUGAUGGGAGCGGCACGUGUGAAACGCCGCUUCAGUGCUGUGGUGGAUGGGCCAGUGGAGGAAGAGGAGGUCAUGAGGCUAGCACAGAGUGCUGCAGAUACGGCUCGGGCAGGGGGGAGCCCAGUGGGGUCAGUGACCCCAACCAGCCCCUCCCCGACCCAUGCCCUCAACGGCAAAGCGCUACCUCUUCAGAGCAACACCAACAAUGCACGGAGGCAGAGUGCCAUUGGAGAGUCAUUUGGGGGAGAUUCAGGAGGAGAAGGCGGGGUGAGAGCAGGAGGAAAGUGCUCAGGGUUAAGGAGUGGAAGAGGCAGUGGUGGAGGAGGAAGAGGUGAAGGCCGUUCAUCCUCGGACCCAGAUUCACUCUCUUCCCCCUCCACUACCAGCCGCCGGCGCACCAGGCGCUCAAGCCGCUGGCCCCGACAACGCUUUGUGGGCAAGGACGGACGCUGCAACGUCACCUUCGUCAACAUGAGUGAGAGGGGCCAGCGGUACCUCAGUGACCUCUUCACCACCUGUGUGGACAUCCGCUGGCGCUGGAUGCUGGUCAUCUUCACCCUCUCCUUCCUUCUCUCCUGGCUGCUCUUUGGAUUUGCCUUCUGGCUCAUUGCCUCCGCACAUGGGGACCUCUCCAUUCGGCUUACCCCCAGCUCAGGUUCCUCUCCGGGAUCAGGAGAGGCCGGUUCUGGAGGAGAGUCUGAUAGAGAGGCAGUUGUUGAGGAGCCAUGCUUCCUCCAGGUGAACAGCUUCAUGGCGGCCUUUCUAUUCUCCUUGGAGACGCAGACAUCCAUCGGUUACGGAUUCAGAAGCGUGACCGAAGAAUGCCCCCUGGCGGUGGUGGCGGUCGUUUUGCAGUGCAUUGUGGGCUGCAUUAUUGACGCCUUCAUCAUCGGGGCAGUCAUGGCAAAGAUUGCCAAGCCCAAGAAGCGCAACGAAACACUAGUGUUUUCUGAAACAGCUGUGGUGGCACUAAGGGAUGGGAAACUCUGCAUGAUGUGGAGGGUUGGAAACCUACGCAAGAGCCACCUGGUAGAGGCACAUGUCAGAGCACAACUAUUAAAGCCAAGGGUGACACCAGAGGGAGAGUUCCUCCCACUGGACAACAUGGACAUCAACGUGGGUUUUGACACUGGCACUGACCGCAUCUUCUUGGUCUCACCUGUUACAAUUGUUCAUGAGAUUAAUGAUGAGUCGCCCUUCUUUGAGAUGGACCGAAAGACUCUGGAGAGUGACUCUGAGUUGGAGGUAGUGGUCAUACUUGAGGGAAUGGUGGAGGCCACAGCCAUGACCACACAGUGCCGUAGCUCCUAUCUGGCUUCCGAAAUCCUCUGGGGACACCGCUUUGAACCAGUGCUCUUCGAGAGGAAAGACUGCUACCAGGUGGACUACUCGUUCUUCCAUCGGACGUAUGAAAUUCCUAACACACCGUCAUGCAGCGCUAAAGAGCUGGCCGAGCAAAAAUACAUUCAAAGCUCUCGCGCGUCAUUUUGCUAUGAGAAUGAAGUGGCUCUGCAACUUGUCUCCCCUGAUGAUGAGCCUGACCGAGACCCUGAGUGUCCCUCCCCACUGACCCAAAGGCCAUCUCUGGCGGAACAUCUCCACUACAAUUGAACUUGAUGGACAGCAGGCCUCAAGGGAAAAGAGACAGGACGAUGACCCUGGACUUUAGAGGAAGUACAGGCAAAAAGAGAGGCUUAGACUGUUAGGAAUGAGCAAACCAAGAGAGGCAGGAUUAAAAGUAGAUAAGGCCAUGCUUUUGUCAGUGUCAGGAUUGUUUACAGUGAUUAGACAGGGAAGAAAGCCUUGAGUAGGAACAGGUUAAGACAUCCAUUUGCAAGAUUUACAUCCGUACUAUCAUACAGAUUAGAAGAUUUUUCAGAGAAAUAGAAAGGAAAUGGACAGAUAGAUAAAGAAUAUAAAGUUUACAGUCAGUCUAUUAGGGAAAUAAGUUACUACACUGACCUAGUUGUCUGAUUGGCCCUGGCAAUCUGUCAUAAUCAUUGAAAACUCGUCUGCUAAGUCUCACAUCUGGCCCAUCACUAUCACAGCACACUCAUCUGGUUCUAAUCCCUGACUCACAUGGUGUGCAACAGCACCCUAUGGUGGCUCUAACCUGCAACGGCACCUCCAUUUUUGUGAUCCUGGAUAAAAUUUUGACCUCUAAUUUAGGUGGCUUCUGUAAGCGAUAAAUGGUAGUGUACUUACUACUCAGGAAUGUACUCCAAUAUGAUGCUGACUUAUCACUUUCAUGUUUUAUUUUCUUAUGGUAAGUAUGGACAGUGCACAUUUUGUGAUACUUUGACCUUGAGGGGCUGUUGAGAAUGUAAUUCAGUAUUAGGCUAGGCUACUUGUAGAGCCAAAGUGAGCAACAGUAACAUGGAGAAACAGCUGAAAACUAGCAGCGGCUUUGAGCAGUUUCUUUCCCAUGUGAUGUACUGUAUGUUGUUUAUUUUUUGGCUUUUUUCUAUGUGUCAUGAAAACAAUGUUCUUUGAUUGUAACAUUUGCUUUAUUUAAUCUACCAUUUGUGUUGAGUUGAAUGCCAGUAGGUCAGAGGAAGCAUUGUAGUGUUAGUCAUCUUCACUGCAGUGGUACACAAUGACAGAUUAUGUUGGGUGUGUCCAUACCAGUUUACCACCAUACAUUCUUUCUUGCACUACUAUAUACAGUAUCUUUUCAUGUUCUCUUUUGCUAAAAUCAACCACACUGUAUUGUUUUGCUCUGUUAGUAAAUUGGGACUGUGCUAUGACAUUAUAAUGUUUUAAGUGUCUUGGCACUUGGAUGACCUUUGAUGUUUCAGACUGGCAAAAGGAACUGCUCUCACUGACUGUAAAUACACCGGAGGCCUGCAGCCACCGCCAACAUCACUAGAACAGUACCAAGUUAAACUGAGUGGAUGAAGUGUUAAGAUGAAGGUAAUGACUUUGUUGCUGCAUCUCUGAGAGUAAAGCAACUGUCCACCAUCUGCACAAACUGAUGAGGAUCAAACUGGAAAUUAGAUGACAUUCAUAGAAAAUUGUUCUAUAUUUUUGUGCCCAUAAAAUCGUGUGACACCCUCCUAAAUCUAAUGUGGUACUGUUGGUUUCUCUCACAAAAUGUGAGAACAGUGUAGUGGGUGGUGCCUUCAUAACGAACUACAGAUUUUGCAACUGGACCUUCAUCUGUAGCAAUUAAUUUCAUGUUUAAAAUGUGCUUAAAGCUUAUUUUUAUUGUAUGUAUUUGCAUUAUGCUAUUCUUGCAAGAGUGUUUUUGCAAUCACCUUAACAUUCGUAGUAUGUUGUUCUAAGUAGACAAAAUGUCUAUGCAAAUAAUUACUGUGAAUCUGCUCAAUGAUUGAGUAGUAUAUAACCAUGCACUGAUAACAGAUAGAUGCUUUUAGCUGAAUUAUAAGGUAGACUAUGUGAUAGUUGCAAUUGUAGGUGUAUUACAGAGCACCUGAAGUGUUCUCGUUUAUUUUAGAUCAUGUAAUCAUUUCCCGUAAAUUAUACCACCUGAGUAUUUGAUUACAGAAGGUGUUGUAGGAGAAUUAGGGAGUGUAAGGAAUGCACCUUUAUAUUAAGUGUUGACCAAUAAUCAGCCUGUCCAAUGCACAGCCUGGGAACUUGUUUUUUGUACUUUGCACUAAAGUAAUAUAUGGAAACUAAUAUCACUGAUGAAGCUCUAAAACAGCACAGUAGUGUUGCUGGAUAAACACAGGUUAACCUCAAUGCAUCAGUCACAGUGUUUCACUUGAGUUAUUGAAAAGAUACUCUGUGGUAACCUCAGGGGGUUGAGGGAUUGAUGACAUAUUAUCCGUUACAAUUAAUGUUAAUGCUGUUCUGUGUUUGUGUCUUCACUUACACUUCUCCUUUAUGGCUACCAUGUUCUAUUUAUAGGCUGCACGGUGGGUCAUGUUGUUCACCCUGCCUCCACUUCCAUGAAAUGUAACUUGAACUUAUAGCACCAUCACUUUAACUACGAUAGCGCUUUUAAACACCCCAGAAAGAAAUAGACAGUUGGAUUAUUUAGUAUUUUCACUGGUUGCUUAGGGUUCACUACUCACAGUAAACAUACAUUUUUUAAAUCAUAAGUAUUUAUAAUAUACAUUGUGUAAAAUACAUGGUAAACUGUAAUACUACAUACAUUUUUAAUAAAUUAGUGAGAUGAAACCAAUAAAAGCUGUAGCUACCUUUCCUUGGUUAUUUUUCUAAAGUAAAGGGAAACCUCUCUGCUCGUAUGUUGAAAUGUAAUUUCAGAGCUGCCUCAGGCGCAGAGCACUUCCAAGUGAAAAUGAACUGUGUUGUAGAGCAAAUAAAACAGGGACUGAAUUGCAA